AUGGAUGUGUCGAGGAAGAGCGCUUUGAAAAAUAGCGAAGUUCAAGAGGAGCCCGAAUUUAAAGGAUGGCUCAUGAAAUGCUCUCGAUAUUUAAAACUUUAUAGGAGACGUUGGUUUAUAGUGUCGAAUGGUUUGUUGACCUAUUACGAUUCCCACGAACAAAUGACGCGGAAAUGCAAAGGAGCAUUAAGAUUGGAUGAUGCGCAAAUAGAUUCUGUUAGCAAAGUUAAAUUUGUUAUUUCUAUACCCGGGAGGGCUUCUCUUUACCUCAAAGCGAGCAAUGAAAAUGAAAAGAUAAGAUGGAUACAUGCGAUAGAGUUAUCCAAACAAAACUCCAUGUUUCGAGAUCAAUUAGGAAACGAAGAUUGGAAUGUCAUCGCUCGAGACAGCCCUUCCAUUUACUUGCAAAGGAGGUUGGAGCUCGAAAGUUUGAUAUCAUUAUUGAAUAGCAAAAUAAAUGACCUCGAUUCUGAGCGAAAAGAUUUGGAGAAAAGUCAUCAAAGAUCUGAAACACUGAUGAAAGAACUGGUCAAAUAUUUUGAACGUCAAAAACUUUCGACAAAACUAUUUUUUGACAGCGCCGAUGCCAUUAAUGACUUUAGGAUCAAGGCUAAAUCUAUUAUAGAAAAUUUUUCGGAAUAUGCGCAAUAUGUUAAAGUUCACAAUGAUAAAUGGAGACGCGUUUUGCAGAAUGAAAGGGAAACCAGAGUUUACUUAGAGGAUAUGUUACAACAUUUGGCUAAAGAUCAUAUUACGCUAGAGAAUCAAGCUAGAAAGUUAUCCACGGUCUCGGAGUUUAACGAUGCAUUCCAAGAUGCAAGAGAUGCUCUAUACGAAGACUUAGUGGUGUAUUUGCCUGGAAAAUUUCCGUACAAACAAUCAAUAAUGGACGACUCUAUGAGAUCAACAUCAGAGAAUUCACAGUUCCUAGAAUUGCCAAAGGCUAUCGUGCGUACAAAACGGGAUAGCAGAAAAUCAUCCGUUUUUAUUGGCCAAGGUCAGAUAACAGAAUUGGGAAAGAGCGAAAAAUCCUUAUUAGAAAAAGAAGAUUUGUCACAAAUAUUAACUUCAAAAAUUUGCGACAUAAAGCCUCGCCCCAAAUCAAAUAUAAGCAUAUGGAGCAUUGUUAAGAACUCGAUAGGGAAAGAUUUGUCUAAAAUACCGAUGCCCGUUGCCUUCAAUGAACCUAUUUCGAUGUUGCAAAGAAUGACAGAGGAUUUAGAGUAUUACGAUCUUCUAGAUCAGGCUGCAAAAAGUAAAGAUAGCCAACAAAUGGCUUAUGUAGCUGCUUUUGUAGCAUCAAAUUACAGUGCUCCGAUAGAACGCACUACGAAACCUUUCAAUCCCAUGUUAGGGGAGACUUUUGAAUUCGACCGUGUUAAAUCAUUUGGGUGGAAGUCACUGUCCGAACAAGUCAGCCACCACCCUCCUAUCACAGCCAUUCACGCGGAAGGCUCAAAUUGGCAGUUUUGGCAGCAAUAUACGAUGGAAAGCAAAUUCAAAGGCAAGGAUAUCCAAAUACUACCAUUGGGUAUAUCUCACUUGAAAUUUGCUGAUGGAAAACAUUACACAUGGACCAAAAUAUACACGACCGUGCACAACAUAAUAGUGGGGAAUUUGUGGAUCGAAAAUCAUGGAGAAAUGGACAUAAUAGAGCACAAAAACAAAAUCAGUUGUCAUCUCUCUUUUCCCAAUUACAGUGUUUUUUCAAACGAUAACUUUAAGGUGACAGGUUUGGUGUUGGAUAAGGACCAAACAGCUCUCUGGCUUCUCAAUGGGAGGUUAGACGAAGAUCUCAAGUGCUCUCGUAUAAAGGAGAUGAAGGACGGCAAAAUGGUUUGCGAUGAUAAUUCAAUUCAAACCAUAUGGUCCAGAAAGGACCCCUCCCAUAUCUUGAAGGAUACAUAUAAUUUUUCAGACUUCACCCUGAAAUUGAAUUCCCCGGAGAGCGAUAUAGCUCCCACCGAUACCCGCUGGCGGAACGACAUCAGGUGUCUGGAGCAAGCUAAAUUGGAAGAAUCCGACAGCAUCAAGAAUAAAUUGGAAGAUUGUCAGAGACAACGGCUAAAGGAAUACUUCGAUUCCGAAAAAGGCAACAAGGUAUGGAAACCAACGUGGUUCGAGUUGAGAAGCGAUCCAGAGGCAGAUUCGCAGUGUUACACAUUUACUGGAAAAUAUUGGCAAUAUAAGGCUAACAAAGAUUGGACCACUUGUCCAAUAAUAUUUCCUGCCAACGUCAAUACCGCGUAA